AUGGAAGUGACCAUGAAAAAUUUUUCAAUCUAUUCAACAAUGAAAGUUGUUGACGAUGAUAAAACUGUUAUUUCAAAGUUGGAAGAUAUCAAUAAAGAGAGGGCUGGUUUCAAGAAAAUUGUUGAAGAGUCGAUAAUUGAGAGUACCAAGUUACAUACUUUUGCUGACAAUUUGAUUGUUUUUGCUGACAGUUGUGAAAAGGAUAAAGAUAUUAGUAAUGAAGAUUUAUUGGAAGCUUUGAAAUCGUUGAAAGAUGAUGCUAUCAAUAAUAGAAGGUCUGCUAUGAAUUUGAAAAGAGAAAUAGAAAAGGUUAAGCAAAAUCUUGGUAAUAUUCGUACAGAGUUGAUUAAUUAUAAUGAAAAGAUAGCAAAUAAUGAAAAAGAUAUGGCAUCAACUACUCGAAAUGAAUUGAUUGAAAAAGAAACUCAACUUGAGAAAUCAAAUCCUAUAGCUGUAAAGAGUUUAAUUGCAGCGGGAGCGGGACUUGGUGUAUCAUUGAUAGCACUACCGUUUACUGGUGGCGUAUCAGCAAUUCCGGCUUGUAUUGAAGUGACUAUUUGUGCAGAAAUCUUAUUCGGAUUGGGAUUAGGAGUAUUGGGUCUUGGAACAACAAGUAUUGGAAUAGUAAAGGGUAUACCCACAGCACAAUAUUAUUAUAUUAAUUACAAGUUACAACAAGAAAGAGAUAAAUUGGCAGAUCAAAUCGGAGAGUUGAAACAAGGAUUGGAAAAUGUUCAUAAUGCUCUUGGUAAGUUUGAAUCCCAGUUGAGCACACAAGAAACUUAUAUACAAAUUUUGAUUGAAAAAUUUCAAAAACAUGAAAACGAUGGUGAUGGAAGAAUUCCAAAAAUUAUUGCAAGAGGUAUUAUUAAAAGAUGGAAAGAAAUUACACAAGAAUCAACGCAAUAUGCCUCCAUAAUGAGGGAAUUGCUUCAUAAUGAUUUCAACCUAGAAAAUCAACCAAGCAAGUUGACUUUUCAAAACUUUCGAUAUGCUGGAGAGGCACUUUGUGAUAUUUGGCAUCACGUUCUAAUUUUUGGAAGAAGUUUAGAUGCAUGUUAUGUUGAAGAGCUUGUUAAUCUAUUUGAAAAUCUACAGAAUGCUUUGUGCCGUGGUCAUGGAUUGAAAAUCAUAGUAACUUAUGUUAAUAAUCUAUUGAUAUUAAAUGAUGCAUAA